AUGUUCCAACGUGAUUCCCGUGCAGGCGCAUUUCUUGGAGGAGACAGAGUAUCUGGCCAAGAUGUCCGAGAUCAAAAUGUCCUCGCCGCGCAAACCAUUGCGAACGUCGUGAAAAGCUCGCUCGGCCCGAUGGGGCUCGACAAGAUGCUGGUGGACAACAUCGGUGAAGUGACCAUUUCCAACGACGGCGCGACAAUCCUGUCCCUGCUCGCGGUGGAGCACCCCGCAGGGCGUGUAUUCGUCGAUCUCUCGCAGAAACAGGACAAGGAGGUCGGCGACGGGACGACGUCUGUCGUGCUCAUCGCCGCCGAGCUGCUCCGACGCGCGAACGAGCUCGUAAAGCAAAAGAUCCACCCCACCACGAUCAUCACCGGGUACCGCUUGGCCUGUAGGGAGGCGUGCAAGUUCAUGCAGGAUCAGCUCAGUGUGAAGGUGGAUACGCUCGGGCGGGACGCGUUGAUCAACGCGGCAAAAACGAGUAUGUCGAGCAAGAUCAUUGGCGGGGAUGACGAUCUCUUUGCGCCUAUGGCCCCGGGGGACAUCAAGUACCCUGUAAAAGCCGUCAACGUCUUGAAGGCGCACGGACGCAGUGCGAGGGAGUCUCUUUUUGUGAAGGGUUACGCUCUCAACUGCACUGUCGCAAGCCAAGCGAUGAAGAAACGCAUUACGGGUGCGAAGAUUGCUUGCCUUGACAUCAACCUCCAGAAAGCGCGCAUGCAGCUUGGUGUACAGAUUCUAGUGGACAGCCCGGAGCAGCUUGAAGACAUUCGUAAACGUGAAUCCGAGAUCACCAUCGAGCGUAUACGCAAGAUCCUCGCUUCGGGUGCCAAUGUUAUCCUUACCACAAAGGGCAUCGACGAUCUUUGUCUCAAGGAAUUCGUAGAAGCCGGCGCAAUGGCCGUCCGGAGAUGUAGGAAGGAGGAUCUUCGCCGGAUCGCGAAGGCAACUGGUGGGACGCUUGUGUCGACGCUCGCCAACCUGGAAGGGGAGGAGUCGUUCGAGCCUAGCUAUCUCGGCUACGCCGACGAAGUUGUUCAAGAGCGCAUCUCAGACGACGAGCUUAUCCUCAUCAAGGGCACGAAGGUCGUCAACUCCUCGUCUAUCGUGUUGCGGGGGGCGAACGACUACAUGCUCGACGAGAUGGAACGAGCAUUGCACGAUACGCUCUCGAUCAUCAAGCGUACUUUGGAGAGUGGUUCUGUUGUGCCAGGUGGAGGUGCCGUUGAGACUGCUCUCAGCAUCUAUCUCGAGAACUUCGCGACGACACUGGGGUCAAGGGAGCAGCUCGCGAUUGCCGAGUUUGCAUCGUCGCUCCUGGUCAUCCCGAAGACGCUGGCAGUCAACGCUGCGAAGGAUUCGACUGAGUUGGUAGCGAAGCUUCGAUCAUACCACAACGCUGCGCAGAACGCUCCGGUCGGGGACCCCAAGAAGGUUCUGUUACUCCGCGAUAACGUCACUGCGGGUGUUCUGGAGCCAACCAUUAGCAAAGUUAAGAGUCUGAAGUCUGCGUUCGAGGCGGCAGUGUCGAUUCUGCGGAUAGAUGAUGCCAUCCAAUGCGUUCCUGAGGCUAAGGGCGGCGAGGACGACGGACACGGGCAUUAG